UUUCGUUUGUUCGACGCAAUCGGUGGUGUCGCAUCGUUCGCUUCCAUCUCGCGUGGCACGAGAGCAACUAGAUCCAGUCCAAUUUAGAUUUUUCGUCGCUUAAACGUCACGCUUCUAUACCGAAUAUUUAUAUUAUGCCAGGUGUCGCGGGGAUUUAUCUCGUAGCCAAACUUUGUGCAAGUGGUAGAGUGGUACGAUUUUCGCGAAAAAUGUGCGAAAGUUGUGAAUUGAUCGAGGUUGUCGUAGUGGUAGGUCUCGUUUCGCCGUUCGUUUUCUUCCAUUUUUGAGAGGAAUUCAAAAUAUCGAAUGGAUUAAUCGACAGAGCUGAUGAGAAUGGAUUACUGUUGAUCGUUCUUCGAUUCUCUUCGAUCCUGUUUCCUAUAAUAUAUAUUUAGAAUCUCUUUCUUCGAAAGGUAAGGAAGAAAUUUUUUUUUUAAAAAUAACUUUAAUAAAAAAUCGAUUCAUCAAAAUUAUCAAUGACAUUGAUUGCUUUUGACUGCUAGAUUAGAGAUGAUUAGAGAUGUAAUUUUGUAAAUGAAAUAAAUAAAAUAGCGUCAUAGCGAAAGACAAGCAAAAUGCUCGGUCUUGAUUCUCAAGGGAAAAUAGAGAAUCAGGAAUGACAUACGAAACGUUUAGUUUUGAAAUUGUUUCGCGUCUAAUUUUCAGGAAUACGUAUGUAGUAAAAUUAUAUACAGGUAUUGGCUUAACACAGUUCAUAAAAUUAAAUAUUUCAAAAGUAAAUUGCAUUAUCACCUUCAAUAUUGACAUUGUUGGUAUUAUCAGUGCUACUCUAAUUUCUCUCCAUUGCAACCGACACGUUGAGUCCACGAUUCGAAACAACAGGUUGAACAACAGGUACGUUAAUUAUUAUUAAUUUAUAGAAAAUAUAUGAGGAACGAUGCCUAUUUAAUUUCAAUAGAAAUAAACGCGCGAUUAAUUAACAUACAAGAGAGUUGCUAAGAAUAUAUUUUCGCCAAUGGUUUGAAUUACUUGCGGUGUGUAUGUACACAAACCGCUGCGGUUUACAAAGCAAAUUUAUUUUUUUCCAUCCAGCAAAUGUACUUUGAUCGGUGCUUCUUUUUCUAUGCUUCGCUUUUUUAAUAUUCCCAUUCGCCCAAAAUCCAGAGCCAAUCGGACUCUUAAUUGAGAUUUAAAUUUUCUCGAAUAUAAUUUCGAGAAUACCGUGUGUCACAAACAAAUCGAUCGACAACAUAGCGACGAUUCGCGCAUUUUAAAAAUAAAAACAUUUUCUUAUUUUUUUUUAAAUUAAUUAUCUCGCUUUUAAAUAAAUUAUUCUCGAAAAAAAGAAAGGAAUAAAAAUUCGUGCUAAAAACGAAACACCAUAUCUAGGAGGAUGAUACGUCGUUAUUCGCAUUGUUGUUAUUUCGUUGUUAUUAUCUCCUGGUGAUAACGUUACCAUUGCAAAAUUUCAUUUAUGAUCUGAUUUCUCUCUCUCUCUUUCUCUCUCUUUCUCUCUCUCCUCCUCGGAUGAUUUCCUAAUUCCUGCGAUGGCAAUAUUUCAUUCUCAUUAAGGAUAGGUGCUUAGCACGUUGACAUUGUGUACAUAGAUAAGAAAGUCUUCGAAUUGGUUUCUACCCUGUUCCUCAGUUAAAAACCAUCCGGCCACGCUCCCACAUAUUCGUGUCUAUUUGUUCAUUAUUGUAUCAUUCAUCUUUAACUUUCUUUUCGUCGAUAUUAUACCGGAACGAGUAGAUUUCUCUCAAUCGAGGGUCGAGGAUAAAAAUAUGACGGUGACUAAAACGAAUGGGAAAGCAGCGAUAGAGACGAGAAUUUUCAACGAGGAUGAGAAGGAGGUUCGAAAUAAUAGCGCGUUGUUAUCUAUGGGAAAGGAGAGAGAAGAGGAGGAUGAAGACGAGAUCACGUUGGAAGAUUUGGCUCCCGAUGGUGGUUGGGGAUGGAUAGUCGCUAUAGCCAUGAUACUAAUAUUUAUCACGACGUUCGGGCCAACUUCGUCGUUCGGAAUAAUAUUCGGCGAUUUUCUGGAAGAAACUGGCCAAGCUGGUACCGCGAUGACGCUUUUCAAUUCCGUUUUCAUGGUCACGUUCUCUAUCGCCGGUUUGAUGACCAACACUCUGCUCAAGAGGUAUUCCAUGAGGCCGGUGGGGGUGGUCGGGGCGAUGCUGUUCUCGUUUCCAAACGUGUGCCUCGCGUUCGUGCGGAACGUGUACGAGAUGGCCUUGAUAAAUUUUCUGCAAGGAUUAGGGCUCGGCCUGAUUUUCACCAUUUGCAACACGAAUUUCAACGCGUACUUCGUGAAGAGGAGGGCGCCGGUGAUGAGCGCGGCCCAAGUGAUCGUCGGCCUCGGUGGAAUCGCGUAUCCCAUAUGCAUCGAGAAAAUGAUGAGAAUGUACGGGUUUCGAGGGACCGCGUUGAUGACGGGCGCCAUGAGUUUGAACUCCAUCGUCGGGAUGACGAUGAUGCAUCCCGUCGAGUGGCACGCGAGGAGACCGGAAGAUGUCAGAGCGGAGAAGAGGCGGGCGAAAGAGGAGUGGAAAUUGCGUGGCGUAAUACCGGCGUCGGAUCGUCGUUACAGCGACUUUAUAAUAGCUCCUGUAAAAACAAGAUGCAGCAGCUUAACGAGCCUCAAGGACGAGAGUGGAAAACAGGUUCCGCUUUUGAUUGAAACGUUGAAAACGCCAGCGAAAAGGGUAGCCUCGAUAUCCGAGAUCGAAGACAGAAUUUACAAUCGAAUGAAAUCUAAAUCGAUGCGUGAAUUGUUGACGCAACGGUUAUCCGCGUUUUCCUCGUCAAGUUUGAUGAAUUUGGUGACAGGGAUCGGAAGUGUAGGGGACACUAGGCAGCAUCACUCGGACGGGACGAAAGUGAGGAAAAUAGAGAAGGGAGUGCAAGUUUCGAUGGAAGAGAAAAAGGAUAUCGGUAAAGGUUCUCUACAAGAAAUCUGGGAAGAACUUCUGGAUGUCUCGCUUUUAAAGAAUUGCGGUUUCAUAAACAUUUGUAUGGGAAUCAGUUUCGUGUUGUCGAGCGACUUCAUAUUUUCUUACCUUUUGCCACUGAUGAUGACCAACAGUGGUUACACGAAAAGUCAAGCGGCCUUGGCAAUUACCGUCUGUGCAACCGCGGAAUUAGUAUCCAAGAUUUUGCUCGCAAUUUUCACUUUGUUGGUAAAAGUCAAAGCGAAAUAUAUAUUCUUCGUCGCUAUGAUUGGCAUGGCGUUCGCAAAAAUUGGUUACUUAAUGUACAAUGAAACGUUGGUCGGCUUGUUUGUGAUGAUAACGAUUAUAGGAAUGGUCAGAUCAUGGUUGUUGGUCCCUCAACCGUUAGUUAUCAUAGAGGACGUUUGUAUAAAUAAAUUCGCCUCGGCGUACGGUAUUGCCGGGGCUAUUAACGGAAUAGUUUCUAUAGUGUGCGGCCCGAUCGUUGGAUUCAUGAAGGAUUGGACCAACAGUUUCGUCGUUUGCCAGCUCGCCCUUAUUCUAAUGAACGUCCUGUUCGUUAUCCCGUGGGCAGUACAAUUCUUCUCGGUUGAUUUAUUAAAGAGGAGGAAGGAACGGGCGGAUAAUAAAAUCGCCGCCCAAACUUCCGCUCCCUUUUCUACGGAUUGAAAGAAGGAGAGAGAAAGACAUUGUUGUGCUCUGUAUAUAUGUAUAUAUAUAUAUGUGUGUGUAUAUAUGUAUAUGUAUGUAUACAAAUGCACGCAUUUGCUAUAUAUAUUUUGUACAAAAGAAACUACUUUAUUAUUUAUAAAAAUAUAUAUGUAAAAUAAGGAACUUUGUAAAAUAGGGAAAGAUUAAUCAUUGAAAAUUAUUAUUUUACAAUCGAAUGUGCGUAUAAAUGAAAUAACGUUUCAUUCAAACAAUUUCGUAAAUUUGUACGAUUUAUCUCGUUGAAAAUGUGCGUGCAUCGAACGAUAUAAAAUAAAAUUGGCAAAAUCCCUCUCC